AAGAAGAAAAUAGAGAAAGAGGAGGAGUGAGAGCAAGGAGAAUAAGAGAGGUGGUUCCGAAGGUGUUCCAGAGGGACAAGUUUUUAGAGUGCACUUGCUUUUCUUCGUUCGGGGCAGAGGGUGAAGAAGACAACGAUGGCCGGAUGGUGGAGCUUCGGUGGUGCUUUUCUUCUGUUUUUUGGUAUUCUCCUUGUUUCCUAUUUGUACAAGAUCAACUGGAUUAAAGAUCUAAGACUAGAAGGCGAUAACAAAACAGUUUUAGCUAAUCACUUAGAAUCAAAGAAACGAAAAUUGGGUAAACUGCCUCCAGUUUAUCCAAACGGAUGGUUUGCUUUGUUAGAAAGUUCUCAAUUAGAUAAAGGUCAAGUGAAACAUGUAGCUGCACUUGGACAAAAUUUUGCAGUUUUCAGAACAGAUAAUGGGACAGUAAGAAUUUUAGAUGCUUACUGUCCUCAUUUGGGUGCAAAUAUGGCCGAGGGUGGGCGUGUAAAAGGUGAUUGCUUAGAAUGUCCUUUUCAUGGUUGGCAAUUUCGUGGUUCUGAUGGACAAUGCAAUCAUAUCCCAUAUGCUGAUAAAGUGCCACAUAUUGCUAGAAUUAAAACUUGGAAAAGUUGUGAGGCUAACGAAAUUAUUUUCGUUUGGUACCAUGCAGAGGGAUUAGAACCAAAUUGGCAACCACAAACAAUUAGCCAUGUUUUAAAUCGAACAUGGCGUUAUCAUGGACGAAAUGAAUUUCUUAUUAAUUGUCAUAUACAGGAAGUUGCAGAAAAUGGUGCUGAUUCAGCACAUCUUAGUGCAGUACAUGGUCCAGCAAUAUUUACAAAAAUUGCAAAUUUUUUUUCUUCUUUCGCUCGACAUUCAUGGACAAACGUUAAUUGGACACCACAUAAUUCUUUUUUAAAAUCCCAAGAUUCUAAAGAAAUCAAAGCAAUAAAACAAGAUGAUGAAAACUUAAGACAUAGAGCAUAUAUGACUUUAAGACACAGUCUAAUUCUAUUUGAGAAAUUUAAAUUUUUACAAUUGGAUGUAAAUGUUCAACAAAUAGGCCCAGGAUAUGUCGAACUUAUGAUGCAUACUUCUUUGGGAUCAAUGUGUAUUUUUCAGACAGUAACACCAAUGGAACCCCUUUUACAAAAGGUGACUCAUUUACUAUAUUCUCCUCCUCUGCUUGGUCCAUAUGCUAGUAUGUUAUUCUUAGCAGAAUGCUUAAUGUUUGAAAGAGAUGUAGCCAUUUGGAAUCGAAAGAAGUUCGAAAAACAACCUCUCUUGGUCAAAGAAGAUAAAAGCAUACUUGCUUAUCGCAGAUGGUAUGCUCAAUUUUAUUCGCAGCACAGUCCAAGUUAUCAUUCUGCCAUUAAAUCUUUACAAUGGUAA